AUCUUGAUCUGUGGAUGAUCUCCGGUUGCGCAAUCCUGGACUUCUCUCUCACUUGAGCUCUGAGACUCAGUCAGACAGUCCAAAGAAACUUUCAUUACAGCAGCAGGCGAAACUCGCCCUUCUUCUGUGAAGAUUGAGCUGAACCAAAAAUUGUUAUGUUUUUCACACUAUGUGUUGAACGCCCCCACAAUGCCAGGAACUAUUUAAGAACUGUGAUCUUUGGAAGAGCUUUAUCGGUUCCAGUGGAACCUCUAGGACAUACUGCCGUAUCGCUUUACGCAAACGCACAUUGAUACAAAUGCAGCAAUAAGAGAAGAUUUCGGGGACCGGUGCAUCACAGACCGCGCUUUGCUACAAUGCCCGUGCAAGCCCCGCAAUGGACCGAGUUUCUGUUGUGUCCCAUCUGCACGCAAACCUUCGAGGAGAGCCACCGCAAGCCCAUCAGCCUGGGCUGCGGACACACCGUGUGCAAAAUGUGCCUGAACAAAUUGCACCGCAAGGCCUGCCCAUUCGACCAGACCGCCAUCAGCACGGACAUCGAGCAGCUGCCCGUCAACACUGCGCUGUUGCAGCUCGUCAGCGGCCAGGUACCCAAACCUUCCCCCGUCACUUUACUGACAGCGGCAGAGGACGUCCAGCACUAUGAGGAGUCCCGCACAUGUGUGGAAGACCUGGCGCUCUAUCUCAAACCCCUGAGCAACACCAGAGGUGCAGGGCUGAGUGGCGCCGCUCAGAGCGUGCUCAGCAGACCCAUGCAGCGGAAACUGGUGACUCUGGUGCACUGCCAACUGGUGGAGGAGGAGGGCCGCAUCCGGGCCAUGCGGGCGGCCCGUUCUCUGGGUGAACGUACCGUCACUGAGCUCAUCCUCCAGCACCAGAACCCCCAGCAGCUCUCCUCAAACCUGUGGGCCGCCGUCAGAGCCAGAGGCUGCCAGUUUCUCGGCCCUGCCAUGCAGGAGGAAGCAUUGAAGCUGGUUCUUCUCGCUCUGGAAGAUGGUUCGGCCCUCUCACGGAAGGUUCUGGUUCUGUUCGUGGUUCAGAGACUCGAACCACGUUUUCCCCAGGCCUCAAAAACCAGCAUAGGACACGUGGUGCAGCUCCUCUACAGGGCCUCCUGCUUUAAGGUCACUAAACGUGAUGAGGAUUCCUCCUUGAUGCAGCUGAAGGAGGAGUUUCGCACAUACGAGGCUCUUCGGAGAGAACACGACUCUCAGAUCGUUCAGAUUGCAAUGGAGGGCGGACUGCGUAUCGCCCCUGACCAGUGGUCCUCUCUACUGUACGGCGACCAGUCCCACAAGUCCCACAUGCAGUCUAUUAUAGACAAGCUGCAGACACCAGCAUCAUUUGCUCAGAGUGUUCAGGAACUCACCAUUGCCCUUCAGAGAACCGGAGAUCCAGCCAAUCUCAACCGCCUCAGACCCCAUCUGGAGCUGCUGGCAGACAUCGACCCCAGCCCAGAUGCCCCUGCGCCCACAUGGGAGCAGCUAGCCAAAGGGUUGGAAGCGGUGCGGACCGUCGUUCACGGCCUGGUGGAUUUCAUCCAGAACCAUAGCAAGAAGGGAGGUGAUCAGCAGCAGCCACCUCAGCACAGCAAAUACAAGACCUACAUGUGUCGGGACAUGAAACAAAAAGGCGGCUGUCCUCGUGGAGCAAGUUGCACCUUCGCUCACUCUCAGGAAGAGCUUGAAAAGUACCGUAAGAUGAAUAAACGUCUGGGAUUGCGCCGACAGCUCAGUCAGUCCCUGACCCAGCUGAACGAGUUAGACUUCGGCGCUGGUCUGUUACCUGACGAGGGGCCGCUGAUGGAGGGCCUUCCACGCAAAUCCUCUUCCAUCACCAAUGGCAUCCUAGCAGCAGGACCUGGAUCUUCUCUGGUCCACCUGGUUUCCAGAGGCUCAGACCCGUCUUAUGAUCCAUCACACAAACCGGGGAAGAUGGACUCGGGGAGCCUCAGUGCCCCUGGCUCACCUCCAGACUCAUUGGAAUCCAUCCCAAAAUCUGGAAUGCUCAUGAAUUCCCACCAUAGGGUGGCAGGCGAAGGCUCAGUCGGGCAGAAGCACAUGUCUGCUGUGCCUAGAGGUUCUUACACAUAUUCAUCACACCAGUCUGAACUGUAUUACCCUGAAACUAGAGCGCCGCCGCCACCAUCCGCCCAAUAUGAAUCCCCCCAGUACUCUGCAGGUAAUCCUUAUCCCCACCACCACCACCAACCACGCUACGCCCGUCAUCCCGCUCCAGAUCCAGGCAUGCCACCAUAUCUGGACACUUGUUCCAGCUCCUCCUACUCAAAGCAUCAGUAUCCCAACCCCAGCUCCCAUUACGGAUACCCUUCACACCACGAUGGCCGUCGCCACUCAGCCUACUCCCAUCCUCAAACAUACGCCCCACGGGAGGAACUGGUCCGAAGGAGUCCGGAUGUCCCCCCGCCACUACAGCCCCAAAGCACUGGCGGCUCGUACCCACCAGAAUCAGCUCAGGAAAGAUACGCCAUUGAGAACUAUAACCACUCCAGUCAGAUCAGGAAUUACCACAGGAAUACCUACACACGAGCACAGCCCUCCCUAGACUACCUGCACCGUCGCAGACAGGAGAUCAUGGCCCAGCUGGAGGAGAGGAAGGUGGCUUCCCCGCUGCACUUCGGCUCCUCGCACUCAUACGACCCCAGCUACCCUCAGGACAUGAGGGGACAGAGCCAUUACAUGGAGGAGAACCCCCACGGUUUUGGACACUUCCGGGAACAGGACUACACCGCCUCAUAUUCCCCUUGGUCAUGUGACACCUUCGGUUCCUACAUCGGCAGCAAGGAUAUGAAGUCCAAAGAGGGCAUGAACUCCAUGGAAACACAAAAUAUAGACAAAGGCAAAAGUCUGAGAGCGCACAGCUUGGAGCUUCAACGCAGAGCAGCAGACGUGAAAGACGACGACCCCAUCAUUCCCUUUGGCUCCCUGCCGACCGUGUCUCGUUUUGGCGCGAUUUCACGCACGUCUAAAUCUGGCUACCCGCCAAACAGCGCGAUGCCACCCUUGCCUAACUCUGCCAAACACACCGCCGACUACACCUAUGCGAACCACAGCGGGUGGAGCGGCGACUCCUACCAGCCGCACCAAACGUCUCAGGGGCACUUCAGCGAGCGAUCCCCUGCCGUGCAGGCGCGUGAGCAGCUGAGGAUGGAGCUACAGCAGGUCAACCAGCAAAUCAGCCAACAGACACAGAGCCGUGGCCUGGAGAAGCCAAGCUCAGUGAUGUCCCAGCCGCCUCGAGCGGACUGGUCCUCUGGGAGUUUGUCCAGUGAACAGCUGAGUCACGAGCUGCACCAGGUGGAGAGAGAGAUCGACAUGAGGACACAGGAGAUGGCCAUGGAGAACCACGAUGGCAAGUACAAGCGGGUCUCAGUCGAAAACGGACAAGACGAACAUGCUUUGCAACGAGAGGAGCAUUCACUAACUCUUAGUGAGGGUUUAAACGGCUCCAUCGGUUUGGUCCAGGACUGCGGUCUCGUCAGCAGCAGCAUGUCCUCACUGACCAGCAAGACGUCAUCUCUCAGUUUGUCCUCUGAACAGGUGGCCAGCAGCCCUGAUCUGCCCAAGAACGGAGUUGCCCACUCCUAGCCGGCUCUUUCUACCUCAGAUUCUCCUUCUGCAAACCACCGGAGCGCUCAGUAACCAGUCGGCGCUCCAGUCCCAAGUUAAAGCCUCUGGAGCAGGAUUCUCCAGCAUCGCUGUCUAACACACGACACGACACGCAUUCACGUUAGCUUCCUCCGCUGACCCUCCAACACCCGUCAGGCAAAUAUGGGUGGAGUUUGGGUGGGAUUCACUGUGCAUGUGCCUCAACAGACUUGCACAAUCAUGCCCUGAUUUAGUUCUUUUUUUUUACAGCAGUAUCUGCUGUUGAGUAUUUUCUUCUUUUGUAUCCUUUUUCCUGAGACAAGCCUUUUUCCAUUGCCUCGUAAAUCAGGGUGAAUCCAAAAUAUCCUCAGUCUUAAGUAUUUGUCAGGCAACAUAUAACAUGAUCUCGCUUAUGUUGCUUAAUGAUCAUUAAUCCACUAUCUUGGGUUUCAAAAUUGCGUUUUUAUCAUAAUGUGCUACGUUUUCGGUAGUUACGCUCUUGUUUGUGCUUGGUGUGGUGUUUACACUUCUGUCUUCUUCUGAGUUUACAGUGUUCAAACUCAUAACUUGCUAUAACCGCAGGCUUGCUGCAUAUUCACCCAACAGAAAACAUUUUGUUUUAUCUUUGAGGGUCAAAAUUAUGUAUCAUGUUUUAUACAUUAGGCUUCAUUUAGGCUUUUACAGUGUGAUUGUUAUGAUGCACGUUAUUGUGUGUUAUAGAAAAAUGCUCGUAACCCAAAUGUUAACUGAAUUGACCUCGAU